AUGGCAUUGUAUCGCACGUUCCCUCUCAAGUCAGGGGUCGUCGCACAUCGAUGGGAAAUUGAGAGUCCUCGGGCUAUUCUCGUACUUCAACAUGGGUUUUCAGAAUAUGCACGACGCUAUUUUGAUGGCACAGCCAUUUUUGUUCCUCGACUGCAAGCUCAAGGGUUUGAGAUCUGGGCGUUGGACCUGUGGGCCCAUGGUGACUCUCCUGGGCUACCGCGAAGUGUGAUAGAUUGUUGCAAAGCCGUUCAAGAUUUGAUUGAAAUCCAAGAAACAGCGAUCGAAGCCCGUCCCUUGCUUCCUCUUUAUCUAUUUGGACACUCGCUUGGCGGUCUUCUCACAGCUUGCAGCGUCGUUGGAAAUUCUUUACCCAUCGAUGGGGUCAUCUUAUGCGCCGCAGCGCUACAAAAGCCGAUGCCGUUGCUUCGUCGUGGCUUGGUACAGCCACUGGCUAUGAUCUGGGGGACAAGAGAAAUCCCCUUCACCAAGCAGAGUACCAAUUGGCUUUCAAGAGUGCCGACCGUGGUGGAAAAAGCGAUAGCGGAUCCCAAUAUUUUCCAUGGGGCCAUUUCAUAUCGGCUGGCAGCUACCGCUCUAGAAGCCGCUGAGCGAUUGUGGCAAGCGACUCCCCAAUGGAAUGUACCAACUCUGGUGAUCCAUGGAACGGCAGAUACAUAUACAGACCACCAUCAAAGUCGUCAAUUCGUCGAGCGGAUCUCGUCGACGGACAAGGAGCUUUAUCUCAUUGAGGGCGGGUAUCACGAACUAUUUAGGGACAAAUGUUCAGAGAUAUUUACGGAGAAAGUAGAACACUGGCUUGUGACGCGUCUGAGGCAGACGGUUAAGGGGGACCAAUAA